AAAUGCUCAUACCGCGGAGAGGCGGCGUGGUGCGGCAGUUUCAGGUUAUGGGCGCGGAUGCGGGGAAAAUGGGAAAGGUCAGUGUGAGAAACAGCCCAAAUUCAGGACCUGUGUAGGAGAGCGACCAGACGGCUACGGUGGCCCAACUGGGUCAGUCAUGGGAACCCGUAAGGCUCAGAGACUGAGGGUUCUUUCUGGAAAAUGUAAUGACACGUCCAUCUGUGACAGCAUCCCAAGAGUCAGCCUGGUUUCUGGAAAUCUGUUCUGACUCCAUGGCAGCUAGGAUGGAUGUAACUUUGCCUGUGGUUAGAAAACAAAGAGUUUACUGAGCUUCCUGAGUGCCCUGUACACCUUUGGGUCCCACCACCUCGCUGGACAGCAGGGCUCUCCGUGGGGCCCACAGGACCUUGGACACGUCUACAGGAAGCCCUGUCAGCAGCUGCAGCUGAGGGCCGCAGAUCUUUUUCCAAGAACAACAGAAAAUGAUCGAGUACCAGCAGAGACCUGUGUCAUUCAAGGAUGUGGUCGUGGGCUUCACUCAAGAGGAGUGGCAUAGGCUGAAUCCUGCUCAGAGGGCCCUAUACCGGGAUGUGAUGCUGGAGACCUACAGCAACCUCGUCUCAGUGGGUUAUGAAGGCACCAAACCAUAUGUGAUCCUCAGGCUGGAGCAGGAAGAAGCACCAUGGAUUUGUGAGGCAUCAUGCUCGGGCUGCCACUGUCGGGAAAACAUUUGGCAAGGUAACGUCCAGAAGAAAAGACGGCAAGACAUGCUUUUGAGGCAAGGUACAUUCAUCAGCAAGAAAACGUUGCCCAAGGAAAGAAGCCAUGAAUAUAAUAAGUUUGGGAAAAUAUCACAUCUGAGCACUGAUCUUUUUCCUUCAAUUCAAAACCCUAAUAACUGGGACGCUUGUGGAAAGAGUGUGAACCAUAAUUUAGACUUGAAUGGUUUUAAGAGAAACUAUUCAAAAAAGCAAGAUGAGUGCUAUGGAUAUGGGAAAUUAUUACAACAUACAAAGCAUGAUAGAAGACCUAAUGGAGAAAAAUUCUGGGAAUGCAGUCACUGUGAGAAAGCUUUCAGCCAUAACCCAGCACUUAUGUAUAAACCAGCAGUAACCAAUUCCCUUGUGUACAAACGGAAGAGGGUUCCACCUACAGAGAAACCCCAUGUUUGUACUGAGUGUGGGAAAGCCUUCUGCUACAAGUCUGAAUUCAUUAGGCAUCAAAGAAGUCACACUGGGGAGAAGCCAUAUGGAUGCACUGACUGUGGAAAAGCCUUUUCACAUAAGUCAACCCUUAUUAAACACCAGAGAAUACACACUGGGAUAAGACCCUUUGAGUGUUUUUUUUGUGGGAAAGCCUUCACCCAGAAGUCUCACCGCAGAGAACAUCAGAGGACACAUACAGGAGAGAGACCCUUUGUGUGCAAUGAAUGUGGGAAGUCAUUUGGUGAGAAGUCAUACCUCAAUGUACAUCAAAAAAUACACACAGGAGAAAGACCCUAUCGUUGCAGAGAAUGUGGAAAAUCCUUCAGUCAAAAGUCAUGCCUCAAUAAACAUUGGAGAACUCAUACUGGAGAAAAACCCUAUGGAUGCAACGAAUGUGGCAAAGCUUUCUACCAGAAGCCAAACCUCAGCAGACAUCAGAAAGUUCAUGCUAGGAAGAAUGCUUAUAGGAAUGAAAACCUAAAAAUUGUAGAAAAACCUUGAGCAAGAUAUCCUAUUUCAUUAUAUGUGGAGGAAUUCAUCCUUAGGAGAAAUCUCAUUGAUCUAAUGACCAAGUGUUUUAUCAUAAGGCAAGUCAUGCUCCAAUUGUGACAGAAAAUUUUAUACUAAAGAUUAUAGAAAAUAUUUUAUAAAACAUAAACCUGUUCAUUCUGGCUUAUGAAAGUUUAAAUGAUAACAGAAUACAAAAUAUAUGUGAAGAAAAUUAGAGGUAUAUUAUGGUAUGUCCCACAGUGAGCCACAUAAUAAGCACUAUUUAUAUUUUAGAAUUAUAAAUGUGAAUUUAAUAAAUUAUGAAUAUCAAGCACAUAUGUAGAAUGCCAUUCACCAAACUUUUUUACUCUAAAUAUCACCAUUGUCUUUUGGUGUCUAACAAUGCAAAAAACAAUAAUAGUAAUAAUAAUAAUAAUAAUAUGGCCAACUACUUUUUAAAAAAGCUUUAACAUAUUAAACCAGCACAUUUUCUCCACCUUUUCUAGCACAACUGGCUUUUUAAUCAGGAAGAAAGUAAAGUUGAACGAACAGCACAAACCAUACAAAAAAAAAAAUUGGAGGCGGACUUAAGAUUUAAAAUUUUAAAAUAACAAUAAAAUUCUUGAAAGAAAAUGAAAGGAGACUACAUGUACAAUCUAGGAAUUGGGGGAGAUUAACUUUACCAACCCAGGACACUCAAAAGCUGUUAAAAAAUAAAUAUUUGACUACAUAAAAAGUGCAAUCUUUUGCAUGGCAAAAGAUGCCAUCAACAGUCAAUAAACAACGAUUUGGGGGAAAAUAUUUGCAGAGCCAGUCAGAGAAAGAGUGGUCUUCGUACUGACAGGAAAAAAAUAACCCAAUAGCAAAACAUGGCAAAGAAUGAAUAGACAGUUGAGAGAAGAGCAAAUCCAGGUGGCUGAUGGGCUUAUCAAAAAAAUGGUUAGCCUCAGUAGUUGUUGGAGAAUGCAGAUUAAAGUUAUAAUGAGAUAACUGACAAUCAAGCUGACGAAAAAGAGCAGGAAUGCUUUUUGCUGUCAGGACAAAAGGUGUUCUUAAGACACUGCUGGUAGAAACAUAAAUUGUUACAGCUCUUUUGAAAAGCAAUCUGACAUCUAUUAUAACUUAAAAUACUUAUGCCACUUUGUGCAAUCUUCUCUUAGAAGUAAAACCCCAAUACAUAAGGGACAUGUACAUUUAUUGUGAAUUGUUCCUAGUGGCAAAAAACACUAGAAUCAAAAUAAAUGCCCAUCAGCAGGGAAAUUGGAAGAGGGAAGGAACUAUAGUAUAUCCAUUCCAUAGGAUGUUUAUAUAGCCAUUAAGGUGGACAAGUUAAAACUAUGCUAGUGGACCUGAAUGGAAUUCCACAAUGUUUCCUUGAGAGAAAAAAGCAAGGUAGAAGUGUGUAAAAUGACUCUGUUUUUGUAAAUCAGUUACAAAAUGCUUCUAGGUGCUUAUGAGUGAUAAACAUGUAUCAUAUAUGUUUGUGUAAGAUUUUAUAUGCAUGGAGAAAAAUAUAGAAGAGUAUACAUUGGGUUCGGGGAAGGUGGGUGAUGCAGGUGGAUAAUGGGGUAGUCAAGAGAAGGAAAAUGAAAGCCCCAGAGAAAAAUUAUGUAAAUAACUGAACCAAGUAUGAUAUGUCAAAUAUGUGAUUAAGAAAUUUGAGGGGGAAGCUAGAACUCUACUAAUUUGUGGAGAUAUUUGUGGUAUAUUGUUAAGUGAAAAGAGAACAUUUCAGAAUAAUGUAUAUGAAUCUAUUUUUUUAAUUAAAACACGUAUAUGUGUAUUUAUGCAUGUGUGUGUUUAUACGAACAAAGAGAACAGUGUGGAGGGACAGAUAUAAAACAAGAUAUUAACAUUGGUUACCCUGGUGGGGAAUGGAAAUGUAAGUAGUUUUUAAAUUUAUAUAUCUUUGUAUUGUUUUACUUGUUAACAAACAUAUAUUACUUUUGUAAUUUGAAAAACAAAAUAAAGGGGGGAAGAGUGUUUUGAAAUACAUGGCCUUGCAAAUGUUUUUAUUUUCUGACAAGAUGGCACUCUGGCCUGGUCUAUUGCCUCUCCCCUAGCUCAGUCCUUGGGAUAUCACCAGAGUAAAAGAAAAUGUGUAGAUCUAAAGAGCAAAAGGCAAUACUUUGAGAACCCCUCAAGUAAAGAUUUUUUUGAUUUUAUUUUGAAAUAAUUUUUGACUUAUAAAAAAGUUGCAAAACAGUUCCCAAAUAUUCUUCACACAGCUUCCCCUAAUGUUAACAUCUAAUAUAACCAUAAUACAAUUAUCAAAACCAGGAAAUUAAUAUUGAUAUAAUACUGGUAAUUAAACUAUAGCCCUUCCCACUGAUGUCUUCAUCUAGCCCAAGAUCCAGUCCAGAUCCCACAUUGCAUUUACCUGUUAUUUCUCUUUAGUCUCCUCCAGACUAUGAUAGCUCCCCAGUCUUUUGUCUUUCAUCACUUAGACACUUUUGAACAAUACUGGCCAGUUAUUUUGUAGAAUAUCCCUCAAUUGGGGUUUGAUUAACUGGGUUAUGCAUUAAUAUUACAGAAGUGAUGCAUCUUCAGUGCAUCAUAUCAGAGGGUACAUGAUGGUGAUAAAUCUUAUUGGUGAUGUCAGCCUUGAUCAUUUGGUCAAGGUGCUCAAUGUCAGAUUUCCCCACUCUAAAUCUGCCAUUUCUGCCUUUGUAGUUAAUAAAUAUCUUGGGCAAGACACUUUGCAGAGAAUUUUUUUUAAAAACAUAUUGGCCCCAGUGAUUCUGUUUGAUUAGCUCUGGCAGAGGGUUCAAGCAUCCUCAGUAAUUCUGAUGGUCAGACAAGGGUGGAGCUGUGGUAUGGAUCACACAUCUAAUCAUUAGCCCUGAAACAAAGCAUCCUCCUCACAGAACAGAUGGUAAUGAGAAAAAAUUAUGACAUCUGUUAACACUGGUCUCUAGCUUUGGUAACCUAAGUGUGUUAGUUACCUAGUGCUACCUAACAAAUUAUCACAAAUUUAGUAGCUUAAGCCAACCCACAUUUGUUAUCUCACAGUUUCUGUCAGUCCAGACACAGCUUAGCUGGGUCCUCUGGUUCAAGUCUCACAAGGCUACAGUCAUGGUGUUGCCAAGAACAGUGGUUUCAUCUGAUCCUCAGCAAGAGAAGGAGCUGCUUCCAAGAUCACAUGGUUGUUGGCAGAAUUCAAUUCCUUGUGAAUUGUUGGACUGAGGGCCUCCAUUUCAUGCUGGCUGUGGGCCAGAGGUUACCCUCAGUACCUUGUCACAUGGGCAUCUCCAAAGUCCAGCUCACAACACAGCAGCUUGCUUCAAAUAAGGAGUCUGCUACCAAUACAGAAGUUACACUCUUAUGUAAUAUUAUCAUGCAAGUGACAUCCUGUCACGUUUGCUGUAUUCUGUUGGUUAGAUGCAAGUCACAGUUCCCAGCCACAUUCAAGGGGAAGAAAUUACACAAGGGGGAUUCCUCUUUCCAGACUUCCAGGAGGUAGAAGUCAUUGCAGGCCAUCUUAGAACCUACCCACCUCACCAGGGAAAUAGAUUUGAAAAGUAGGAAGGAGUCAGGAAGGCUAGUGCUGGAGCAGAGAUCUGAGUGAGCCACAGAUUCUGGAUGUGCUUGUUGGGAGUUCUUGAACUCUAAAUAGAAGUGCAUCCUUUACCCACAAGUGCAUUCUAAGUGCUUACCGUGAACCAGGCACUGUUCUUGGCAUUGGGGAUACAUCAAACAGAAAGGAAAACUGAUAAUUGUCAAUGAGCAAAAAGUAAAUAGGGAAAGGGUAUAUAAAAUAGUAGGAGCGUUGGGACUUCCCUGGUGGUCCAGUAGUUAAGAUUCCGCACUUCCACUGCAGGGGGCGCAGGUUUGAUCCCUGGUCAGGGAACUAAGAUCCCACAUGCCAAGUGGCGCAGCCAGAAAACCCAAAAACUAACUAACUAAAUAAGUUAAAUAGUAGGAGUGUUACAGAGCCCAAGCUCACUCUACUCACUGCAGGACAGGCCGGUAAAUCAGGAGGUGAAUUGUUCUGGCAAGGAAUAACGACUUUAAUUGGAAACCUAGCAGGCCAAGAAGAUGGCAGACUAGAGUCUCAAAAAACCAUCUUCCCUCAGUCCAAAUUCGGUCUCCUUUUAUACAGAGGAGGGGGAGGGGGAGAGGCCCACUGCGGUGCUGACUAAUGGCUGAGCAGGACUGCUAUAGGUCGUGCCUGCGCCUCCCCUAUUACAGGAGGGGAGUGAAAUUUUAGAUACAGUAGCCGAGAAAGGCCUCCAAAGGGACCUCUGCAUAAAGACCUGAAAGAAAUGAGGGACCUAAUAAUGCACGUGUCCAAAAAAAAAAAACUAUUCCGGGCAGAGGGAAUAGCAAAUGCAAAGACCCUAAAAUAGGCAGUGUGCCUGGAAUGUUGGAGACCAGCAAGGAAGGUGUACUCUCUAUUGCCGAAAAAAAACUACCCCCAAAAUUUACUGCCUUAAACCAACAAUAAACAGUGUCUCACAUAGUGACUAUGGGUCAGGUUGGAAGCGCCGUUGGAGCUGCACUCCCCCUUACUGCAGCUUCUUUCCCCUUGCCCUGCCCUUUCCCAAACCUUUGUCCACCCAGGGCCUCUUUCCCAACCCCAUCAAGCCAGAGCCCAAGUGCCUUUUGCACUUAUUGGAAGGUACACCCUUGCCAUGGCCUCUUCUGUGUAGGGACCCAGAAGCAGAAUGUAAGAUGCCUGGCACCUCCUCCAAAAUGGUGGCGCCCAGGAUGCCCUACCUUAACGCUAAUAAAAACUGGUUGCAGGGCGCUGCCAUCUUUCUUAUGAGCGACAACAGGUUGAUUAAGAGGAGACGCUGGCUGUUGUAUUGAUGCAGAAGUGGCAGCGCCAGAGCUGGAGUCCCUGAAGAAAGGAUGGGAGCAGGUCGGUAUCAGUCGCCUAUCCUCCCUACAAGCAAAAACUGGGCCAGAAAAAGAUUGGUGAAUUGCCAGAAAUAUCCUUGAUAAUGGUUGCCCCCAGGGAGCCAAUGGGCGCAGCUACCUGCUGCACCACCAUAGACCCACCUGCAAAGACUGUACACAAAUGUCUGUAGCAGCUUUAUUUGUUAUAGCCCAAAACAGGAAAUAAUCCAGUGUCCAUCAAUAGAUGAAUGAAUAAACAAAGUAUGGUAUACAAUGGAAUGCUACUCAGCAAUAAAAAGGAAUAACUAUUCAUACAACAAUAUGGAUGUCUCAAACUAAUUAUGCUGAGUGAAAGAAGCCAGAUUUUUUUUUUUUUUCCUCCUCAGGGCGCAGCUUGCAGGAUCUUAGUUCCCUGAC